AGAUACGUUAUCGAAAACAAAGUCGGUGUAUCGCAAUCUGUUUGUAUUCAGUUUUGUUUAUACGUGAAAACGAGCUAUUGUGAAUUUACAGUGUACCACGAUGUCUAAACGCACAGUUCUGAAUGAAGUAUACAAAGGACUUGUGGAGUCAAUGUGUAUACCAGCCGAGCUGCAUCAUAGGAACAGCAAGAGAUAUGCCAGUUUUGGCACAGUAGUACCCAUACAUUGCUGCACGCCUGAGGAGGUAAAAGAGCGUGUGAACAAUACACAUCAUUACUGCGACGUGUUCACUGAGGAACUUCUAGCGCCGCUAGGCGAGCUUGCAUUUGUCCGGCUCGAUGAAAACACGGCUGAAAAGGUAUUUAUCAACCGUAGUAAGCGUGUUCUGAUGGUAUCCAGUGAUGGUCGUUUGGCGCAAUGGCGUUGCGCGCCUACAUUCGAGUCCGCCAAUCACUAUAUUGCUGGCACACCGAUCGUCAACAAAGAGGGCGCCCUAGUAUCGGUUGUUACUGCUAAGAGAGGAAAUCAUUAUGCCGUUUCUAAUUUUGAAGGUGAAGGUGGUUAUUUCGAAACAUCUUUACCAUGGGAAAUAGUACAUCCGAUGCAGGGAGAAGUAAUUUAUGGCGAUCAAACGUUUUCUUCGCGAGACGAGUUAAGAAAACAUCUGACGAAUUUAUCACCAGCAGAAGUAACUUCCGAUCUGCCAGUGCGACCUGUGUUGUUGACGGGAGCGACUCCAAGAUUAACUUUAAUAACCCAUAACGGAAGACAGCUUGCCCAUUAUUAUCUUUAUGGAGUCCACGCUUCAGAUGUUCAAUACUUAUAAAGAUUUCCCUUGUGAUAACUGUUGCCAUUAUUUUUUAAGCCUGAUACAAU